AGUAUGACAGAGAAGGCUGUGGAUGAUGUUAUACGAUUGUUUAAUUUAUACGGUGAAACAAAUUAUUUAGGUGAAUCAGUGAGUAAAACACAACAUAUGAUACAAUGUGCUAAAUUAGCUGAACAACACAUGAAUAAUCUUCAGGUGACAGUGGGUGCUUUACUUCAUGAUAUCGGACAUCUAAUUGGUAUUGACAAAAAUACAGUAUCUAUGGUAACUGAUGAUCAAGAUUUAGGUGCUAAAGAUCAUGAUACAAUAGGAGGGAAUUAUCUCCGUGAUUUAGGUUUUCCAUCUCUGGUCUGUGAGCUAGUCAGUGGACAUGUUCAAGCUAAACGAUAUUUGGUGUAUAAAGAUAAACAGUACUAUGAAAAGCUAAGUCCUGCUAGUAAAAUGACUUUAGAACAUCAAGGUGGACCAAUGAGUCAACAAGAAGCAGAAAAGUUUAGCAAUUCUCCAUUAUUUGAAGUCAUACUUUCUAUGAGAAGAUGGGACGAAUUGGCCAAAAAUACCGAAUCACCACUAGGAUCAAUAGAAGAUUAUAGAGAGUAUCUUAUUCAAGUUCUUCAUUUACAAUAA